GCACUCCUAGCCUGGCGAUAAUGAUGGUCUGUGAGCUGACAAUACGGCGUCCAUAACCUUUCAAGAGACAAGCAGUUUUGUGGAUAAUCCAACCACACACACACACGAGCGCACAUGCAUACACACACACGAAGCUUGAUGGCAAUACCUAAAAGGAUUUGGCGGCGCGUCUGAGCGAACCACUUACCAAAAAAAACUAAAUCUACUUCUUCGCUGAUGUUUUCGGCUGUAGAAAGCAUCACAUGUUCUGACGCCAACAGUGUGUCGCUAGACCAAGCUUCCCCAAGAUCUCGGCAUCUGAUUUGUUUUCAUUUACCAUCUCAACGAGCUAAAUUGUAUUGGAAUAAUUCUUCUAAUCUGAGCCAAUGAUUAAUUACAGUGCUCCUUGCUAGUCUUGAACUGACCAACAUUGGAGUGCUUACAAUAGACCCGAAUUGAUAUUUCGAUGAUGUGUAGUCACGACUUGAAUUCAAGACUGAAUCAUUGCUAAAGACUUUGAUCGAGAUACAGCCUGUGUUUACAUCUGACGGAAAGGCUCGGGAUCAAAUCCUCAAUUGUAGUUACGCCCCUGGAACACAAGGUGAUUAGAGUCAAAGUCGAGAUUCCAAGUGAAGAGCUCACAUUUACAAGAGUUUUGGAUGGAUACAUAUUAAAGAACAGUCUGUGCAGAGCGAUCAUUGUUGUAAAAUUAUUUCACAUAUCAUAUACGCGGACAGUUUGUCUAGAGGUGGACUAAUUGACAAAGUCCAGGCUGAGCAAGGAUUGUCUCUCCUGAGUGUGGUUUCAGUUACCUCCCGUUUGUCUUCUAUCUAGAGAAACCUAUGCCGCACACAGGCCAGACGGGCGUCAAUCAACUUGGGGGCGUGUUUGUCAAUGGCCGACCUCUCCCAGAGCAUAUACGCCGUCGGAUUGUCGAGCUGGCUCAGAUGGGUGUACGCCCCUGUGACAUCUCUCGGCAGCUGCUGGUGUCCCAUGGAUGCGUCUCCAAGAUCCUGACCCGAUUCUACGAGACCGGCUCCAUCAAACCUGGAUCUAUUGGUGGAGGAAAACCUAAAGUUAGGCAAGUAGCCACUCCUCUGGUGGUGAAGAAAAUCCUCGAUCUAAAGCAACAGAAUCCCUCCAUCUUUGCCUGGGAGAUCCGUGACCAGCUUCUGAGUCAGCGCAUCUGUGACGACACCACCAUUCCGAGCGUCAGUUCUAUCAACAGAAUACUCAGGAAUGCCACGUCGCCAGGUAGUGACGUCAACGACACACAGACAGCUUACGAUUUGGUCGCCAGAUUCUCAGCGCCCUCAUUUCCUCACCAAGGUCAUCCUCUGAUGUCGGUACCAACCUAUCAACACCCGUGGUAUGCCUCUCUGACGGUACCAGGGCUGUCCUAUCCUCGACUUGUCCAGCCUCUGCCCAGUGACCCGCGAGCUGACCUUUCCCGUGACGACCUAUAUCAGAGACUUCAGAGUGAAAACGAGGCUAUCCCCCACGGACAACGUGACAUCGUAAAAUCGCCUCACCGGAAGCGGUCAGCUGAAAGUGUAUCAGAUGACGAGAUCAGUGUGAAGUCAUUAUGUCCAGCCAAAGAAGAUCAGUUCCCAAAGACAGAGUCUGAAUGCAGUUCCAAGUCAGGAUCCAGUUCUCAGAGACUUUCCCAAACAGAGUCUCUGGAACAGCCGGGUAAUGACGUCAUCGACGUAACUGACAACGCAGACGACGAAACACUUCCGGAAGAGAAGGUCAAAUCCGUUGAUGAUGGUAAUAGUAAGAAAGACUUGAAACACAGGGUGAAUAACCCAGACCAGAACGAAGCUCAUUCCUCCAGAAGUCACGACACAAAGAGGCCAGAAGCACGCAUUGAUCCAAGGCCAUUUUACAGACGGUUCUGCACAUCGCCAGCUGCGUCCCAGAGUUCCUCUUCAGAAGUGGCGCCCCCUCCGCAACAGCUUGCGGUGUCAUCAGAGACUGCGGACUUGUCUGCAACCUAUUUCCCACUAAAGCCCCGCCCAGCUCCACAUCCCGCCCUCUACCCCUACGCCCUUGCUCUUUCAGAAAGCAACCAUCUUAUGGAGUCCAAGUUGGCCUUCUUAAGUAGCUAUGGCUUCAGUUCGGCGGCCCGGUAUCCUGGUCUAAGCAUGGCCACAGACCCCAGAUUGUGCUUUGCCAGUCCGGGAUUUUUACCGCUCUUUGGUCAGUCAGUAUGUCCGGCUGGCCCACCGCUUACACCAGUGUUUCCGUUUCAGUGGAAGGACAAUGGUCAAGCCUUUCACUCUGUUACACCUACUUGAACGUUAAAAAUCGCAUCUCCGUUGGGAGAGUUAUCCGCCACAGCGAAGAGGGGGGGGGAGGAAUACCGCCGAGGGUAAUUUACACCCUCCCCCACACCAUCAGUAUACAGAACUCGAAUCAUCAGCUACACAUUCUUUGACUAAUACGGGGGACCCGUUCCCCCCACCCAGACACACACAGUAGCUUUUCAUAUAUACUACAUUGAUUGAACUGAUUAGUACUAGGACUCGUCUCACAGAUUUUGAAUGCUAGUAAAUAUUAACUCAAGGCACACACACUUACACAAUAUCUCAUGACAUCAACGCUCUAAAUGUAGAAACAAUGUUUCUUAUUAGGGAGUCUAACUGUGCAAGGGAAGAGGGUUGAGGUAUGUUAUGGAUAGUGAAUGUGUGUGAAAAUGUAUGUGUGUGUGUGAAUGUGUGAGUUGGGAAGUGAAAACUGAUUAGCGUCUUAGACUAACAUUGAAAACAGUAGUAAGACGUCUUUUCAAUCGACUUUUCUACCUUAUGAAUUAUAAGCGCUGAACUCCAUCUAUAAAAUCCUCAAUUUAACUUAUUUAAUAUAUGACUUCAUUAACCACAAUCACUAAACUACAAGAUUUUUUUAUUUUUUUUUUACUGUGCACUGCAUUAUUUCCAAAUGCCAAUAUGUCACAACGAGUAGAAGAGCUGACAUGAAGAUCUUAGAUGUGCACUUCUGUGCACCUAUAGAUAAAAAAAAAUCGAGGUGUUAUAAAUUAUGUCCAUGACCAUAGUAAACAAAACUGGACAAAAAUGUUUCUAGCACUGUAGAUAUUCUCCUUCCUGCUUGCAACUAAUGCUGUGUUGGAUUCAUGUAUAAAAUAUAGACCUACUGUAUUUGCUGAUUGUUUAUAGUUUAUCAAGCGUGUCAUUCAUAAUAUCGGAUUCGCAUAUAUUUCAUAUUUUGUACACAGUUUAUGUAACUGUCAUAACUUAAACAAAUUGGUCGCGUGACCUUAAUGAUAAACCUUGACCUCACAGUCUGACAUUGAGCUUGUUAGAGAUUUGUUCAAUUUAUUCAUGUAUAAUUUUCUGUUUUUUCUUUAUUUUGUUUAUUUCAUUAAUUGUCACUUGUUUAUUUAAAUACGAAUAAUGCAUUGUCUCUCGAGUCCCAAGCUUGCAGAAUUCUUAAAGUUGUAUAAUAAAAGUAAUUUAUUGAU